GCUCAACGAUGAAACUUGCCCACGACCUCAUUCAACCUCGAGUGGAAUGCCAGCCCAGGUUAUGAAGCCAUCGCAACAACGGCACACACGAGCAUGGUCCUGCUUCACUGCUUCACGAUACGAAUGCGCGUGCAGGCCUCGCCGUGAUCUCUGACGAGACUCUCACAAUACAACAAGACAACUACCUACUAUAAGACCACAUUUGAUCGACCAGAGGUGUGUGAUCCACGCCGUCGCCCGCCAAAUCAAACCACCUCUCGCCGUGGCUGGCCCGCGGGGACAGGAUACCAUCGUCCAUCAGUCCAUCAGUCCAUGGUGAUUCUCGCCACUCUAAAGACAGGACAAGACUCGAAUCGGCGUUACGCUGAGGUCAACUCGAGCCAAGCCAUCUGUCUCAUCUACAUUUCCAGGCAUACCAAACAUAUCCAGCCGUUUAUGCUCGUUUCCAGUCCGUACGACUGUAUGUGAAACCGGCCACAUCAAGCCCAUUCACACCAGCCUGCAGCUCUCGUGGCGCCCUCACCCGCCCACCGCCCGGGCAGCCAGCAGCCAGCAGCCAGCCCUGGAGGUGCGCAAGCAGUGCAAGCCCAGCCAAGCCUCGGGCCUAGCUAGCUAGAUUCAACACAGACUUCUGUGCUCCCGCGACGAGAUUGGCAGCAUCCCAUGCGCCAUAUCAGAAACAAACCACGAGGACGUGCGUGACAUCCGCCCGUCCUUCAUAUUAGCCUUAUUAGUCCAACCUCGCCUCGUCCCCGCCUACCAGAUUUCCACUCCCUCGUCAUUCCGCCGCCAACCUUGGAACAUCCUGUCCGUCCUUCCUGUCAUCUCCGCCCCGCCUCCGUCGGCUGUACCUGCAACAAGUCCCGGAUCACCACUCCCUCCUCGGACCCGCGAGAUUCUGAAGGAUCAAUAAGCAGCACACCUACUGCCUGCUGCUGACUUUGCAUGUGUGGCGCUCCCUCGAUGAGUUGGCCCUUCCACCAGACGAGCACAGCCCCAGCACCGUGACCACCGGGGCAGCGUUCCCGAUCCUCUUGCUCGCUCGCACUUGUCCGUCCGCCAGCCCAGCAGGCGGGUGCUACUCUGCACCCAGGAAGCACAGGGAACGGUGGAACAACCAGCAAAACGUGGUUCAGCAAAGGGUCUUGAAGCUCAGCUAAGCUGCCCUCUCGCAUCUGCAACGAGGGCUCCAGUCAGUCAGUCAGUCCAGUCCGGUGGCGGCAUAGCAGACAGCCACAAUCUGACGCCCGGCACGUCAGAGAUCACUAUCUUGCAUUGAAAUCCUCCAUCUCACCCGCGGCUACUGCCAGGCAACAUUCAAUUCUUCCUUGGGCUCAAGCCGUGGCUUCGGAACACGGAAGCCCGAGUCCAGGUCCACUUAGUUGCUCAGUCGCCCACGUUACCACAUUCUCGAAGGACGCAAGCGACUAGCAUCAGCCCCACUCUCUGCAGACCCCUGGUGAACCAAGGAAGCAGCUUCGUCUCCUUCAGAUCGGGUCUCCCCUGUCAGGCCUCUUCAGGAUUUUACCCAUUCUGAUUCCUGGUUACCAAUCUAGCUUACCAUUCCGGUGCUGGUGCCAUUCUGGGUCUUGGACGUCUCCGUCCUUCUGGCCGUCACCGCUCCGCCCACCCCGUCCCGACCUGCUGGGGAGACAAACAUCCACAGCGGCGGCCCCCGGCAGCGACCACAUCUCGCAAGCCCGCCACUCGCAAAGUCACUGCCACUCAUCCUCCUGACAGCUCACCCUCAGGGGUACCUCAGAUCUGCCCGGCCCUGGUACUGGCGAGUAUUCCCCGUAAUUUCGGCCGGGGUACAUGAUACACGUCUGCCUACUUCUACUCGCACCCCCCAGAGGACCACCACCUUGACCCCUGGACCGCCGAGGAAGCAACGCGUGCGUGCAUACAAUAUCUCCCCCAAGGUGACAUCAAGAUACGACUGCCACCCACUACGUCCGACACUGGUCUACUUGUGUGACCGACCUUUGCUGUGGAACGCAGACCAACACAAGAUCUGCACCAACUCGCCAGCUCGCAUACUUCGCCCUCCACCUCGGACAACAGCCACUUUUACUUGGUACCUUGGUGGCGCCUGUUUCUUACCGCUGGCUUAGUGUUACUGCUGGAUCCGCUCGGUACCACUAUCGUCCCCCAACGGCUAGACUUCUUAUAACUUGCCUCGCGAACCCCGAUGGUCACGCACUGGAGAACUGACUCCGUCAUGGACAAUCCUUUGACGCGGCCGAGUGCCCACGCCCUGCAAAGGCCACAAGUCUUUGUUAAAGUCGAGUUCGGCGUGUCGUGGUCUCCCCAGCAUGCCCCCCGGCCUCGUGGUUUUCAAUAUAGGUCACGCGCCAUACGGGAGAGAGCAGCCCAUUUUCCACGACACGUACCGGCCCCGACCACCAACUAUCUCGCUGCCUCGUCUAUACAACAAUUUCAGCAGGCUCAAGUGCCCCAGUUCUACGAACAACGCUCUCUAGAACCAUCACAACAACAACAGAGGCCACCACGACCUCAACAAGCACAACAGCAACGCCACCCGCAACAACACCAACAAAACCGUUCAAGGCAGGUCGAUUUCGCCCCGCCGCCUGAAGAAGGCCAGGAGGAGCAACGGCCAUCUCGGGAAGAGAGGAGAGCGUCUGGCGAACGACACGGGAGGGGGCGUUCGGCACCUCCACCCCUCAGCGACAACAGCUGGGACGUGGUCCACCCUCAGCUCAUGGCUGACAACGCAGCGGGCUCUUCGGUGGCAUAUGCCACCGCCGACCGACCAGUCUCGGAUGUGUGGAAGGACUUGCCCGAGGUGCCAACGCGCUUCCGGCUUGGAGAAGAAGGCAUGCCUUGGGAGUCGUGGGAGGUCCCCGUGGGUUGGGAGCCCUUCAUGGAGCCGGACCCUUUCCUCCAGCCGCCUUCCUCCCACGCCUCUCCCGAUCCACAGCACAGCCAGGUGGUGCCACAGGCCUCGGAGGAGGCACCUACCAGUCCUACAGUCGUUCAGAUCGAGUCUCCCGUCGAGUCACCGCGGUAUCGAAGGGAAGACCCGGAGCGGGUCCGCGAGCUGGAGGCGCUUGGCUCAGCAAUGAUGACGGUGGACAAUGGCUUCGAGAACCAGUGGUGGAACAGUGGCGAGCGGCAACCAAUGGCAACUGCCCUGUAUCCUCCGCCGACAACACGCGACCACGUGCGGGAGCAGCUGGCCCUGGGCUGGGCAGUCGCACACAUGCCUCCAGAAAGCAGCACCUCAGGAGGAAGAGGAGGAGCAGCGGUCUCCGUCCUCAGCGGAGAGCCAGGCACUGCCACCCUUAACAACGUCGUGGUCUCGCCGGUGUCCAGCUACAGUGGGCCUGAUAUACAGCCUGGGCUCAGCAGGUCACUGUCCACUAGGUCGGAAGAGCUGUGGUUCACAGGCGGCAGAUAUGCUUAGUGGCGGGUUUUGAAGGGUUCCGGCGUUUUUGGGAGGGCGACAUGCUACAACGAGACCAUGAGGGGCCAGGUUUCUUUGGGUAUUUGGGAAGCAAGGGCGUGAUCGCAGUGCUCGAGACGCUCUGGUUACUACUAUUGUAUUACUAAAACUAAAAAGAUCUUUUCUGGAUGGGAUUCUGUACACCGUGAGGCAUCAGCCUACGGUUUUACUUGGCGAUCUUAAUGAAAAUUGGAGGAUAUAUCCAAUAAAGCGGCGGAGGUUAGCAUCAGUCCUAGCUUCAAAAAGAGGCAGAUUUUGGACCACGAUCUCAUUAUUCUGCUACUCUAAUAAUGAAUCAAAAUGUAUCAGAAUUUGACUACUACUGAACACGCACUGCAUCAAGCCGGUCAUCCGUUCUCUGCUCUCUCUAGUCCAUCUAUCGCCAAUCGCGUCAUGUCAAGUCCUCUCGUUUGUCCAAAGACGGUCUAGUCCCGACCCUUUCAAGUUUCUCCCCCCUUCAACAGUGGCCCCAUCCAUGCAUGCAGGACAAAACAAGAAGGGUCUCCACCGCACCACCGCACACCCACAGGAGAUCGACACAGGCAGCAGGAUUAAAUAUGCAUUGUGCGCAUGGUGGACCGGGGGAACGGGGCAGAGGGUAAUAUGUAUCCAUGUAGUCAGCUUUGUGGCACACACUUCUCUGGC